AUGGCGGUCCGAGCGAGCCUGUCGUUCUUAGUCUUCGCGACGCUCGCGUUCACGGUCAUUGCAGGCGUCGUCGAGUUAUGUCCCGGCAAUUUCGCAGACUUCGUCGGAAAGGAAAAAGCCGCGUUCGUCAAAUUCUAUGCCCCGUGGUGCGGGCAUUGCCAGAAGAUGGCCCCGGACUAUGACAAAUUCGGGGCUGCCUUUAAAGAGACCGCAUCGGUGGUUGUCGGUAAGGUGGACUGUGACAAACACAAGAAGCUCUGUAGCGAGUACAAAGUGAAGGGGUACCCCACGCUCAAGUGGUUUCCGAAAGGGGCCUCCUCACCUGAAGACUACACAGGGGAGCGCAGUGUGGACGAUCUGGUGGCCUUCACAAACGAAAAGCUUGGCACCAGCGUGCAGCCACCAGCGCCAGCGCCAUCGCACGUGGUAACCCUAUCGCCAGACACCUUUGACGCUGUGGUGAUGGAUCCCACCAAGUUCGUGCUCGUGGAGUUCUACGCUCCCUGGUGCUCGUUUUGUCAAGACCUCGCUCCGGCGUACGAGCAGUUGGGGAGGGCGUUCAGAGACGAAGAGAAAGUGGUGAUUGCAAAGCUGGACGCGAGCAAGCACAGGGAGCUCAAGGAGAAGUACAGCAUAACGGGUUACCCGACCAUCAAGUGGUUCCCUCCGUCCAACAAGCAGGGCGAGGACUACGAGGGCGCGUGGGAGCUGAGAGGCUUGCUGGCGUUUGUGAACAAGGAGGCUGGCACGCACAGGACCAACAUGGGGAUGCUCUCUGACAUGGCGGGACGCAUUGCAGCUUUGGACGAGCUGGCUCGCGGGUUCAUUGCAGCGAGCAAGGAGGAGAGAGAGGCGCGGGUGGGCAAGGCGGAGAGGGUGACAGUGAGCGAGGAGGAGAGCAAGUGA